CCUCCCUCCACCAUGUCCAGCGAGACUUCUCCCCUCCUCAACUACCGCCUCUACAACGUGGCCGGCGGGGGCUUCGCCGAGAGCUGCACCGCUCCAGCCAACGAGGAGGUCUCCAUCUGCACCAGCGGCUCGCAGCCCGACGACAGCCGAAAGCUUUCGACUUUCUUCGGGGUGGUGGUCCCCACUGUACUUUCCAUGUUCAGCAUAGUCGUCUUCAUGCGAGUCGGUUUUGUGAUUGGCCAGGCAGGGUUCCUGGAGUCGCUGCUGAUGCUGGUGGUCGCCUACGUCAUCAUCAGUCUGACCGUGUUAUCGGUCUGCGCCAUCUCUACCAACGGGGCGGUGAGGGGCGGCGGAGCCUACUUUAUGAUUAGCCGGACGUUAGGCCCAGAGUUCGGCGGGAGUAUCGGGCUGAUGUUCUUCCUCGCCAACGUCUGCUCCUGUGCCGUUUACAUCCUGGGAUUGGUGGAAGCUGUCCUGGAUGUGUUCGGAGAGCUCCCAAACGCAGCAGAACCGGGGCACAGAGGCGUCCACGUUCUCCCGCAGAGCUACUUGUACGAUGUCCUGUACGCAUCUGCCAUCCUGCUGCUCUGCCUGCUGGUUUGCCUGGUCGGAGCUCAGAUCUACGCCAAGACCAGCUUCCUCAUCUUCCUGAUGGUCCACGUGGUCCUCAUCACCAUCUUCGUCAGCUUCUUCGCCGUCGCCCCCAAGACCAUCUGGAUCGUCAAGCAGUCGGGUAACACCAGCCAUACCAUCCUCACCAACUACACAGGAUUCAACCUGGCCACGCUGAAACGCAACUUCAUGGACGAUUACUCCGUGGAUUACACCACUGGCUCCGUCAUGACGUUUGCCACGGUGUUUGCGGUGAUGUUUAACGGCUGUACCGGCAUCAUGGCCGGAUCCAACAUGUCAGGCGAUCUGAAGAAUCCCAGCUAUGCCAUUCCUAAAGGGACCAUCAUUGCGGUGAUAUACACCUUGCUGGUGUACCUGCUCCUCUUCCUCAUGGUCAGCUUCACCUGCGACAGGGUCCUUCUCCAAGAAGAUUACGGCUUCUUCCGGCAGAUCAAUAUCUGGCCGCCGUUCGUGGUCAUCGGGGUGUACGGGGCUUCGCUCUCCGCCUCCAUGAGCACUCUGAUCGGAGCGUCGCGGAUCCUACACGCCCUGGCUUGGGACGACCUGUUUGGUGUAUUGCUGUCCCCAGCCAAGAGAACGUCCAAGACAGGUAACCCCUGGGUGGCAGUCCUCUACACCUGGCUCUUGGUUCAGUUCGUGCUGUUUGCAGGGAAGCUGAACACCAUCGCUGGGAUCGUCACGAUCUUCUUCCUCAUGGCCUACGCUGCUGUGGACCUCGCUUGCUUAUCUCUGGAGUGGGCCUCUGCCCCCAACUUCAGGUACUUACUUAUUCAUGUAUUUGUCAAAGAAAUGCUAAACGAAUUGCAC